CUGUAAUUUACAAUUUUCUUUACUAGUUGGGUAGCUACAUUUACUACGUCUAUGAUAGUCACAUGAGCAAAUGACAUGAGGAAAUACUAAAUAGUGUAUUGCAAAGAGCAGACACAUCCCACACUUUUAUAUUCUACACAUAGAAGAAUCUAGGUAGUAGUACCUGGGAGCAAAGGACAUCCAUGGCAUACGUAGUGAUGCAAAGUAACGAGGUGGGGAGAGGGUCAACCAGUGGAUGACGGAGCAGAUUGCUCGGAGUCCACGACAGCUGAGAAAGCAAAAGAAUUUGGGAGAGUCAGUCGCACGCUGGAAACCUUCGCAAGACGAUAUACGUCUUCCUUACCCAAGAGGUUAGCUCAGUGCGAUGGUUCUAGGUGACGUCGACCACCGAUAACCGAAAUUGAGACGCGAUGGCGACAGGUAAGCGACGCAGCAUCCACACGUCGUCCGGGAACCUCGGCUCGUCUAGUUACUCCGGCAGUGGUCCGCGCUCGAGCAGCCGAAUGAACUUUCGGCCGAACAACACGCAACAGGAGGACCGCGGUGGUACUCGACCGACCGCAGCACCAAGCUCAAUUGGCCUCAUCCUGGUCACCAUGCUGCUGCACGUCUGCAAGAAGUCCUUACUGUUCGACACCCGGCUCAAGGUGGCCAUCUACUGCGGCACGAUAUUCAUCGUCUCCCUGAUCGCAGAUUUCAUCGCGAUGCCGCGCACCUAUUUUUCCAGAUCCGACAAUGCCCUGAAUCAGUAUUUCGUCAAGUGGGGUUGGGGCUGGUUGCUGUCCAUAAUUGUACCCUGGGUCGUCCUGACAGCGCACAUACUGGGUUGUGGCCGUCGACCGUUCCUGCUGAGACACUUGGCCCGCAUUAUACUUGCCACUUGUGCCUGGUUCAUCUGGACAAAGUUGUUCAAUUACAUUGAGACCAACUAUGGCAGAUGUCUGGGCACCCGUGAUAUUCACAUGCAGUCCAAGGCAAAGUGUCUGCAGUCAGGUAGAUUCUGGAGUGGCCUUGAUAUAUCUGGACAUACAUUUAUUUUAAUUUAUUCAAGCCUCAUCCUUGCUGAAGAAGGUUCCUCCCUGGUAGGAUGGGAGGGUAUCAAGGAUUUGAUAAUGAAAGAAGAGCACACACGAUCUGUGCCAACUGAGACCAGCACUGGCCCGUUGCGUAAUCUCUCAGAUGGUGAUCUGGGGUUCUUGAAGAAGGCUCACCGGGCACUCACGCCGUAUCUACGUGGUCUUUUCGUGGCAAUGACAUUGCAGCAGCUACUGUGGGAUAUCAUGUUAGUGUCAACAAUGCUUUACUAUCACAUCAUGAUAGAGAAAUUCCUGGGUGGCGCAGCUGCAGUCAUUACGUGGUACGUUACAUAUCAAUGGUGGUACAAGCUGCCCAGGAUUGGCCUGCCAGCACCUGGCGAUGGUCUCUUUAAGUACAAUGAGAUAAAGAUUAAUCCGGAGAUCAACGCCAGGGUGAGACGUAGCACGCUGAAUGGCACCAAUCAACCAAGGUUUAUGGGAAUGCCGAUCAGAACAAUGCAAGAGCCCUCGGAACUGAAUUCAUCCUUCAGACAAGCGGAUCUCGAUGCAUCUGUUAUGAGGGAGUAAAAACGUCUUCAGUGAACGAAUCAUAUUGGUAUUCUUGUUUCCUUGAUAUUCAAAGUGCAGUUUGGCGAUCACGCAGCAUGGACCACCUUUUACAUAGAAACUGAAUAUUCUGAGAAUAUCCAAACAGCACUUAUAAUGCCUUAUGAUUUAUGAAAUUUCCAUUUCUAGAUACUUGAACAAUUGAAACGUUGCACCUUGGCGAAUAUAAAAAAAUGUAUAUACAUAUAAUAUUUAAAUAAGUAAUCUAGAAAUAUAUAGGGCUGUCUUAUGUGUUUGGUACAAAGGUCGAUUCGAAUAUAAGAAUUAUAAAAAAUAUAAUUUCGUCCGAAAAAUACAUACGAGUGCCUUCCUUCAGUUUUCUAUUCGUAAGCAAAGAAUUUCAACACCCACGCAUACAUUGGAAUUUGGGCAAUCAAGUUCGUUUAAACUUGGAAUGAUUUUAAGUUUUACUUUGCUUUCAAAUUAUUUAUAAUAGAAUAUUAUAGGAUAAUAAACAGGAGUGUGUGUGCCUGUUUUUUCGGUUCUGGUAUGUUGUUAAGAAAAAAAAGACACAUUAUUUAUUUGUAUAGAAUUCAAAGUCGGUGUCUUUGAUAACACUCUUUUGUUUUGUACUUACUGUUUAAUAAAGACUGUUGUUAACAAAGCGUCCGUUUUUCUUAAGUUAACAGAGUGUUUACGACAUGAAAUUAACAUAGAGUUUAUAUGCCAUGCUAUAUUUAUACACGGAAGAAAAGUACAAAAUAUAUAGUUCUUAUUAUGAAAUCUUUCUUCCUCAUGAGUAGUAAAAUCGCUGUAUAUUUGAGAAAGUAUAUAUUCCCUGUUAUUCGUAAAAUUAUUCUUCCGCAUUCUUAAACGAAAGAUCGUCUAAUAUCGCAGGUCACUUAUCAUCUUUAUUGAAUGUUUUUAAUUUGACAAUAAUAAAAGAACCAUGUUUAUGAAUUGUGUCGUGAAAAAUAAUAUUUGCUUAAAAAAAACCAACAAUUAGUACAUCGUGAUGUAACAAAACAGAUACAUAACUUGCAAAAUUUAUCCUUUUGUUGAACCUCCUUGUCUAUUAAUGAAAAAUAAUAGCAUAUAUUUCUCAUUGAUUACUACUAAAUUGUAUCAGCAAAUUCAACAUCUGCUUACUUUGCGGAAAAUAACAUUAAUUUAGCAGCAUUGUCUAUAAUAAUUGUAGCAAAAUGAAUAUUGUUGAUUUUACCUAUGAAUACAAUUGAAUAAUUUUCAUAUUUGGCAACAUAGAGAUCUUCGAUAAUCCGCUCUAUAGAUGUUUAAUAUGUUGAUGUUAGAAUAAAAAUAAAAUACAGAAUAUAUAUUUAUACAGAUACGACAAUUUACAUAGGUUAAUAUCACUUCCCAAAUCUGCUUUCUGUUUUAGAAAAAUUGUAACACAUCGCGUGAUUAUAUUUCUUACGCGCAUAUGUGCUAACGGAAUUCAAUUAAUUAUUAACACUGGAUAAUUAACUAUGCAUAUAUCCAUUUUCAGAUGCAAGAUAACUUCCUGUCUUACGCAUAAUAUAUUUCUUAUGUUUUACAUUUUACAUAAAAAUAAUCACUCGAGUGUUAUUAAAACAAAAUCACGGUGAGACUGUACAAUAUCAACCAUUACGUUUAAGCGUCUAUCUAAGAAAAAAGACGUCUAGUGAAGAAAUAAAAUGUAAAUAAUAGAAUCUACCUCAUAUUGUAAAAAUAAGAACUUAUAUAUACCACCACAAUCUAACAGGCCUCACAUAUUUCGUUAUUUCGUGAUGGUAAUAAUGGCAGCUAAAUUAUACAGUGUACUUAGAUAAACAUUUAAUACAUACGUAUUUAUCCGCACUCACGAACAGAAAUUGAAUACAAAGAUAAUUUCGUUAGCAACUGUAUACCGAUAUUGCGUAUUUUUCUAUUUUUAUAAAACUUCAGUUGGAGUUUAGAUCGAUAUAAUCAUUAAAAAUGUAUAAGAGAAUUUCAU